AUGUCGCGUUACCAUAUAAGCCUUGUAACGUCUCGGCUCUUCGUAGGGAUCGGAAGAGGAGAGUUGUUGCUUUCGAAAGACACUCAGCUUUUGCUGUUGAGCAUGUGGUUGCAACUGUUGUUUAGUGAUUACAAUUGGUUACAGCAUGGUUGCAGAUCGUUCGAUGGGAAGCUUGUAGAGGAAGGGCAUUGGGAGGACGAUACUGACGUUGCCGUUGGAAGAUCAGCAGAGUAUUUUGUUGUCGUGGCUUGGGAGUUUCUUGAACGGAAGAGAUGGUGGGUGUCCAAAUCUUCAGAGAGCUUAUGA